UCGCCGAAACGCAUCAGCAGCAGCAGCAGCAGCAUUCAUUCAUUCACCACACAACAAACGCAAACCAGCAACUCCAACUCCAAUCGAGCUCCUUCAUCGUCGGCGAACGACCGCGACGACGGCAAUGCACGGCAGAGGCACGAUGAAGAAGGCGGCGGCUGCGUUCCUGGCGGCGCUGCUCCUGUGGUCGGCGGUGGCGGCCGUCUCCGGGCAGCCGCAGCCGGGGCCGAACAACAAGCAGACGGCGGACAACAACCCGCGGCUGCAGAAGGCGUACGUGGCGCUGCAAGCGCUGAAGCGGUCGAUCACGGAGGACCCCAAGAACCUGACGGCGAACUGGUGUGGCCCCGACGUGUGCGCCUACUUCGGCGUCUACUGCACGACGGCGCCGGACGACCCGCACUCGCAGACCGUCGCCGGGCUCGACCUCAACCACGGCGACCUCGCGGGGACGUUCCCGGAGGAGCUCGGCCUGCUCGCCGACCUCGCGCUCCUCCACCUCAACUCCAACCGCUUCGCCGGCGGCCUGCCGGAGUCGCUCCCCAAGCUGCGCCUCCUCCACGAGCUCGACGUCAGCAACAACCGCCUCACCGGCGGGUUCCCGCAGCACAUCCUCUGCCUGCCCAACAUCAAGUACGUCGACCUCCGGUUCAACAGCCUCUGCGGCGCCGUCCCCGCCGCGCUGUUCGACAAGCCGCUCGACGCCAUCUUCCUCAACGACAACCACUUCGACUUCGAGCUCCCCGACAACCUGGGCAACUCGCCGGCGUCGGUGGUGGUGCUGGCAAACCUGCGCCUGCGCGGGUGCAUCCCGGAGAGCAUCGGCCGGAUGGCGGGCACGCUCAACGAGCUCGUCGUCCUCAACGCCGGCCUGCGGUCCUGCAUCCCGCAGGAGGUCGGGUGGUUGCGCGAGCUGACGGUCCUCGACCUCAGCUUCAACGAGCUGCAGGGGAUGCUGCCGGAGUCCAUGGCGGGGAUGCACGAGCUCCAGCAGCUCGACGUCGCGCACAACGAGCUGUGGGGGCAUAUCCCCGAGGGCGUCUGCGCGCUGCCAAGCCUCAGGAACUUCACCUACUCGUACAACUACUUCUGCACCGAGCCGCGGCGGUGCCUCGACAUCCGCCGCGUCGACGACCGGCAGAACUGCAUCGCCGGACGGCCGGAUCAGCGGCCGACAGACCAGUGCCUCGCCUUCCUGCACCGCCCGCCGGUGCACUGCGACGAGCACGGCUGCUUCGGGCCGCCGACGCACUACUAGAGAGUGGCGGCGGUGGGAGAGACAGAGAGAGGGAGACGCCGCCGGGCGCGUCGCCGGCUCGCCGCGCCGGGACUUGUAAAAUUGGUUGGUGGUGGGAUGUGAGACCAACCGAAGAGGGUAAAAUUCGUAAACAGAAAACGACCGUAUAUAUUAUAUACACUGUAAUUCUUCUUUUUCCUUUCUCCUUUCUUUUCUUUUCUUUUCACAGGAGUGGUAUUGAUUGGAGUAUAUGUUGGGAUUGUAGACAGAAAUGAUAGUGCAUUUUACACUGUUAAUUUAAUUACCCACUGACCAAUAAUCUCUGUACUAGUACCACUUGAGAGUACAAAUCCUUGUAACUUUUUUUUUCAACCGCUUUAUUUCU